AGAGAAAGAGGGAGAGAGGGGGCGAGCCUAUAUACACAAACAACACAGUAGUCUCUCGCUUCUGCGACUGCACACUCAGACACACUUGAGACAUCAGCCACCUCUCUUCCCUCCAUUAUUCCCUUUCUUUAUUUCACUCCUCACCACACGUCUCAUUCUUCUCCUCCUAUAUAUUUAUAAUAAUAAUUUAAGAUUCCAUUCUUUUCAACAACAGAAAAAAAAAAAAACUAAAUUUGUUCUCUUCUCUUUGGUAGCCGUGGAUGCAGGAAAAAAUUAGAAUACACAAUUAAUAAAUAUACCUAAGAGUAAGAGAACAACGACGGCGUCGGUUCGUUCCUAAGAUAAUCUUGAAAGAAAAAUGUAGUGUGCAUUUUGGCGAGGGUUGAAGAAAUUGAUGAUUGUGAGAGUGAGAGGGAUCAUAGGUAGCGGCGAUGGCGAUGAAGAACUUGUACUGGUUGAAGGAAAUGUCGAACAACGUGAAGUCAGGAGGGAGAGGGAGAGGAGGGAGGAGGCUUUCGCUGGGAGAAUACAGAGAAUACGGUGCCGCCAUUAAAGGAGAGGGAGAAGAGGAAUGGAGUGCUGAUCUGUCACAGCUGUUCAUAGGUUCGAAAUUCGCUUCUGGAAGGCACAGCAGGAUAUACAGAGGGAUAUACAAGCACAUCGAUGUUGCCAUCAAGCUUGUGAGCCAGCCUGAGGAGGAUGAGGAAUUGGCUGCUCAGCUUGAGAACCACUUCACUUCUGAGGUUGCGCUUCUCUUUCGCUUGCACCAUCCUAAUAUCAUUACUUUUGUAGGAGCUUGCAAGAAGCCCCCUGUAUUUUGCAUAAUCACAGAAUACUUAGCUGGUGGCUCAUUGAGAAGCUUCCUUCAAAGGCAAGGACCACAUUCACUCCCUCUAGAACUUGUUCUAAAGCUAGCCUUAGACAUUGCCAAGGGUAUGCAAUACCUUCACUCUCAGGGCAUACUCCACAGGGAUCUCAAAUCAGAGAAUCUUCUCUUGGGUGAAGACAUGUGUGUUAAAGUAGCAGACUUUGGGAUCUCAUGCUUAGAAUCCCAGAUUGGUAGUGCUAAAGGGUUCACUGGAACUUACCGUUGGAUGGCGCCAGAAAUGAUCAAGGAGAAGCACCAUACCAAGAAAGUAGAUGUUUACAGUUUCGCCAUUGUUCUUUGGGAGCUUCUAACAGGACUAACACCCUUUGAGAAUAUGACACCAGAACAGGCAGCAUUUGCAGUGACUCACAAGAAUGCAAGGCCUCCAUUACCAUGUGAUUGUCCAUGGGCAUUUAGUAAUCUAAUAAACAAAUGCUGGUCAAGCAAUCCAAAAAAACGACCACACUUUGAUGAGAUAGUCACUAUUUUGGAGAGCUACAUAGAAUCACUGGAAAAAGAUCCUGAAUUUUUCACCAAUUACAAACCACGUCGUCCACGUAAUCUGAUUCUCAAAUGCUUACCAAAGUGUAACUGUCCCCAUGUAUCCUCUUCUUCCAAAUCUUAGGAUCCUUCUUUCCAAUAUUGCAUGUGUCACGUAAUCAAAUCUUCUUAUACACAAUCCCAAGAACCAAAACUAUUUCCAAUAAUUAAUGGAUGCAAUUAUUCUCCUCUCUUUC